AUGUCACGAAAGAGGAAAUAUGAUGAUAGUUAUAUUAAAUAUGGAUUCACUGAAAUUGAAGUAAAUCGAGAAAUAAGACCUCAAUGUGUGAUAUGUACUGUUGUGCUUAGUAACAAUGCUUUGAAACUAGCAAAGCUACUGCGGCAUUUGCAUACGAUUCAUCCUACGCUCAAAGACCAACCACCCGAAUUUUUUGAAGGAAAAUGUAAAAGCUUAAAGAAAAUGAAACUAGGACCAAGUGGGGCAAAUGUCGCAUUGUCACAGCAAGUGCUAACUGCAUCAUUUGAAAUCUCCCAACUAAUCAGUAAGUCAAAAAAAGCACACAGUAUCGGCGAAACAUUAAUUAAGCCUAGCUUGCUAAUAGCUGCAAACAUUUUCGGAGAAGAUGCCAAGAAAAAAAUUCAAAAUAUGCCACUGUCCAAUAAUACAGUAAAGGCACGAAUUGGAAAAAUGUCAUGCGAUAUCGAAGAGCAACUACUAGGUAAAAUAAAAAGUUCCCCUUACUUCGCUCUUCAAUGUGAUGAAACUACUGACAUUGCGCAAUGUUGCCAGUUAUUAGUUUUUGUGCGGUUUUUAGACGUUGAGGAUAAGACCAUAAAAGAAGAGUUAUUGCUGUCAAGUGUACUUGAGACAACGUCGAAAGGGAUCGAUGUAAUGCAGAUCAUUAGUAAUUAUUUUGAAAAUCAUGAUCUCAAGUGGGAGAAACUAGUUGGCUUUUGUACGGACGGAGCUCCAGCUAUGCUAGGAUGUCGUUCAGGUCUUGCAACAUUAGUGAAAGAAAAAAAUCCGUCAACUUUAACAACACACUGCGUCAUUCAUCGGCAAGCGUUAGCUACAAAAACAUUACCAGAAGAAUUAGCUAAUGUUUUGAAACUGGCAAUAAAGUUAGUGAAUUUUGUAAAAAGCAAAGCACUUAACACACGUAUUUUCAAAAAACUUUGUGUUAAAUUGGACUCCGAAUACGACACAUUACUUUUUCAUACAGAGGUUCGCUGGCUUUCAAAAGGGAAUAUGCUAAAACGGUUGUAUGAACUAAAAGAGGAAAUGAAAAUAUUUUUAAACGAGAAGGAUUCAGAGUUACUUGAAAAAUUUUGUGAUUUGAAAUUUGAAUUACAAUUUGCUUAUUUAGUAGAUAUUUUUGAGCACUUAAAUAACCUUAAUUUGCAACUUCAAGUUGAAGAAGCCCCAGAAUAUCUUCAAGAAGCUGUCAUCGAACUGCAAAAUGACUCUGACUGCAAAAAUAUGUUUGAUUCUGGUAUGAACCUUGAGGAAUUUUGGUGCAGAAGGGCAACAUUACAUAUUCAACUACGGGAAAUUGCCUUACGUUAUUUAGUAGUAUUUUCAACUACGUAUUUGUGUGAACAAGGAUUUUCCAGUCUACUUGUGAUCAAAAAUAAACAGAGAAAUCGCUUGGACGUAAGUGACGACAUGCGUUUAGCCAUUAGCAACAUUCAUCCGAGAAUUGAAAAACUGGUCAAAGAAAUGCAGCCACAAAAAUCACACUAA